AUGGCUUACGUAGACCGAGCUGUGGUUGAGCUGAUUCCUUCAGAUGUGGUGGUGCCCGUCAUCAAGCACGAAGACCUUUCAUUCCUGGUAGGAGCCGACGUCGAUGAGGAUGAUGAUCUCAUCGGAAAGGGUUCAUUCGGGAAAGUAUUCUUGAGAGAGUUCCAGGGUGAGGCUGUCGCCGUCAAGGUGCCGUACAUCAGUGAGGCCGUGAGGGAUGAAGACGAUGAGAUGAGGAUGGUUCGAAUCAAAGCCGAUCACGCUCGUAUCACCAUGGAAGCCCUGGUCAAUCUCGCCUUCGCUGACCACCCCUCAUUCCCAAAGACACUCGGCAUCGUCGACAUCGAAGGCGCUCCAUCCCUCGUACUCGAGUUCCUUGGUGACAAGGAGACCGGUACGAUCUACUCGCUCAGUCAGGCCAUCAAGUUCCAGAUCCCAGCUCUCUCGAAAGAACAUUGGUUCCUCGUCAUGAUGGACAUCGUUCACGGAUUGAAAGCCAUGCACGAGAAAGGUCUCUUGCAUAACGACCUGAAAGCUAACAACAUUCUCUUGCAAUGGCAACUGGAGGACCAACGAUGGCAUGCUUUUAUCAUCGACAUGGGGAAAGUCUCUACUCAGACCAUACCCCUCAGGCACAAGCAGGUGCCCAAGGAGGAGAUAACAGGGUACAAAGAUGGCAUUCUCUUUCCGCAUCUGGCUCCGGAAUACAUCCUGGAUCUACAACCCAUGAGUGUUCAAACUGACAUAUAUUCCUUGGGCAAGAUCCUGGCUCGGAUUGAGAGGGGGAUUAGAAGUCGACCUCUGCGUGACCUAGCAGCAGAGAUGACCAAUGUCAAGCCUCGUCUACGACCCUCAUGGAAACACAUUGAGAAGGUCAUCGCCAAAGCUCGGAAAAGAAACCAGUCAUAA